AUGGCGAACAAGCAAUUGUCAUUACACGUUGUGGUUCAUGUGUAUGUGUUGGUAUUGUUGUUAUGUUGUGUUGAUUACAGUAUCUGUAAGGAGAUCAAAACCUAUAAGCUCACAAGAGGAAACUUGUCAGUGACCUUCACUAAUUAUGGUGCUGUCAUGACCUCUCUUCUUCUCCCAGACAGACAUGGAAAGCAAGACGAUGUUGUUCUUGGAUUUGAUACUGUUGAUGGUUACAAGAAUGAUACAACUUAUUUUGGGGCGAUUGUGGGAAGAGUGGCUAAUAGAAUUGGAGGUGCUGAGUUCGAGUUGAAUGGUCAAUUGUACAAGACCGAUCCCAACGAUGGCUAUAACACUCUUCAUGGUGGUUCAAAGGGAUUUAGUGAUGUGAUUUGGUCAGUCCAGAACUACGUUCCCAAUAGCCACAUUACUUUCAAAUACGAUAGCUUCGACGGUGAAGAAGGAUUCCCGGGAGAUGUGACGGUGAAAGUAACAUACAUGUUGAUCGGAGAAAACAAACUCGCUUUGAAAAUGGAAGCAAAGCCACUCAACAAACCCACACCGAUCAACUUAGCCCUCCACACAUAUUGGAACCUCCACGGCCACAACUCCGGUGACAUCCUCUCCCACAAGAUCCACCUCCUCGCCAAUAAAAUCACUCCCGUCGACGAAACACUCAUCCCCACCGGCGAAAUAACCUCAAUCGAAGGAACUCCUUAUGAUUUCCUCGAGCCCCGCGAGAUCGGUAGCCGGAUCCACGAGUUACCCGGCGGAUACGACAUCAACUACGUCAUCGACGGGAUCUCCGGGAAGCAUCUGAGGAAAACUGCUGUCGUGUCGGAGAAAGUCAGUGGGAGGAAAAUGGAAUUGUGGACGAACCAGCCCGGUGUUCAGUUUUACACUAGUAAUAUGCUCACACGUGUUGUCGGAAAAGGAGAAGCGGUUUAUGAGAAAUACGCGGGAGUGUGUCUUGAGACGCAAGGCUUCCCUGAUUCCGUGAACCACAAGAACUUUCCGUCGCAGAUUGUGAAUCCUGGACAGAGCUACUUGCAUGUUAUGCUCUUUAGGUUCACUUCUCACUGAUUUUUUUUCCUUCUUUGUAUAAUUGUUUGGGUCUGGUUUCCAGGUUUAUUGUUUUCUGAUUUUUAAUAAUAUUCUGCGGAAUUGUCUGUCUCUUUAUACGUAGAUAAUUCGCGGACGUGUGUAGUAAUAAAAUUUAACUUCUACAUACUGGUCCAUUUG